AUCUAUACACGUGAUCUCACGCACAUCUCUAACAGAACCUUAAAAUAAAAAUAUUAUAUUCCCAAAAUGUUAUAAAUAUCCAAGAGGCUUUUAGUACAAAUACAAAUAUAAAUACAAAUAUGUUUCGCAAUUUGCACAAAAUAUGUGCAUGCGAUUACAUAUCAGCCCAGAUAUUUCCCGGUCAAAUCAAUCCGAUAAGGCUUUCUGCUGCCGCCAGACCAACUGGGAAUGCAACACAAAAUGCGCCAGCAGCUGCUAUGCUGCAUAUGCCACCCGAUCUGCCUCGUAACCAAAAAGUGAGCGUUGAAUAUUUGCCAUGGAUACCGAGCCCCUAUGCACAUUUGGGCAAGAAAUUCAAUCAAUACAAGAAACUAUCAAAGUUUCGCCUCACAUCAUUAGUUGUUAUUACAACAAUGGGCGGAUAUGCAAUGGCGCCGGCUGCCUUUGAUUUGACCACAUUCGUAAUGUGCUCGGUGGGCACAGGAUUGGUUUCCGCAGCGGCGAAUUCCAUUAACCAAUAUCACGAGGUUCCCUUUGAUUCACAAAUGUCGAGGACGAAGAAUCGUGUCCUAGUCACGGGCCAAAUGACGCCACUGCAAGCCGUGGGCUUCGCUGCUGUCUCAGCUACAACCGGAUUAUGCAUGUUGUACUUUGGUGUCAAUGGAUUGACGGCGGCACUGGGUGCGGGCAAUUUGUUCCUCUACACCAGCGUCUACACGCCGAUGAAGCGGAUGAGCAUUGCCAACACUUGGGUGGGUUCAGUGGUGGGCGCCAUUCCGCCACUGAUGGGCUGGGCGGGCUGCGCCGGCUCUCUGGAUGCGGGCGCAAUGAUUCUGGCUGGCGUUUUAUACGCCUGGCAAUUUCCUCACUUCAAUGCGCUCUCGUGGAAUCUGCGACCGGACUAUUCGCGUGCCGGAUAUCGCAUGAUGGCUGUGACCAAUCCGGACCUUUGCCGGCGAACUGCUUUGCGUUAUGCGUUCGCCAUUGGCGGACUCUCGAUGAUGGCGCCACUACUCGAUGUGACCAACUAUUGGUUUGUACUGGAAACGUUGCCCCUAAACGCCUACUUUUGCUAUUUAGCAUAUAAAUUUCAUCACAAAUCCGACAGUGGGAGCUCUCGUAAAUUAUUUCGAUUUUCGCUGAUACAUCUGCCUGCGCUAAUGUUGCUGUUUCUGGCCAAUAAGAAGAAAUGGUAUUUCACCGAAAAUGCGGACGAGAAAGUUACGAAAAGUGAUAAGACAUUUAUGUCGCUGCUGCCUACCUCGCCACCAACUGGCCUCCAAAAUGUAUUACCAGUCGCAGUGACAGCUGCUUCAAGGUGAUCGAUCCUGGCUUAAACAGAUUAAUUGUUAAAUAGCAAUUUGUAAUUUCAAUGUCGUGUGUAUAAUAUUAUUAUAACUUAUAAGUGCAAGUAAAAUAAGUAAAAUAUGUCUUUACGAACGAAAUAAACCAAUCUUUAUUUAAAUA